UUAUGGAAAUUUCUUUAUAGUCUGUGAACUUCAGUUUGUUUUGUAAUAUUUGUUUUUUUUUUGUUAUUGUUGUAAAUCAUCAUAUCCAUCCAGAGAAAUCAUAUUUUUUGAUAUUAUGGCAAAGCGAACAAAUCCAUUUGUCGAAGACUUUAUACCGCAAAGUAAAGUUCACAUAGGCAUGAAACAGUUCAACAAUAAUACUCAAGAUCGACUGAAGCAUGUUUAUGAAAAAACUUUACUACUGUUAUUCAAGGGUGCCAAAAAAUGUUCUUCCCAAGAAGUUGCACAUCCCGAGCAAACUGCUUUGAGUACUUCAGAUAAACAAGACAAAAUGAAACAACUGUUCAUUGGCAAAGAUGGUACUCUCCUACAUUCUGGCAAAAUGGUAGACAAUAAGUUACAAUUAAAACAAUGUGCCUGUGGUUGUACUGUGGAAUCUCAGUGUGCGUACUGUGAGGUGAGCUUGUGUUGUGGCUGCCACCACAUAUGUGUGCAUUGUGAGCGCUCUCAUUGCCUACAUUGCAUCAUGAUUGGAUUGGAGGGUACUGAAAUAUGUGUGUCCUGUUACAGUUAGCCUGAUAUCAAUAAGCUGAAUGUUAUAAAAAUGUUAAUUAUUUGUAAGUUAAGUGUAAAAAGUUUCCUUAAUUUAUAGAAGACAAUAAAACAAGUUAAUAU